UCGAUAAUUCCGUCGGAAAAAUUAAUUUUUUUUUCGUGAAAAAUGAUUACAGAUGGAAAAUCCGUCUAUAAUUUAAAAUUUUCCGUCUGAAGAUUUUAACUUUGACCUAAUCUAUCCCCUCUCUCCCGAAAUCCAUUCACAAAUAAACACAGCUGCCAACUCCUACCUACCUUUAGGUGCUUCUUCCUCUCUCCGUCGUACAGUUGCUUCUUCUCUCCGUUGCACGAGCUGCUUCUGCCGCUGCCGGUUCCGCCGCCAAUGGCAUCGCACGAUCUCUCUCUGUCAUCCCUUGCGUCACACGAGCUCUCUCCGCCGCCGCUCUCAUCGCAUCUGCUCCCUCUGGCGCCUCUUCCAUCUAAUCUCAACAACUCGCUCUCUCGGUUCUUCUCGUAAUCAUCUCGAAUUUCAGUAAUGCUUCUAAUAGCAAUGAGCAACAUGGCAUGGAGAUCAAUUCUGCUCGUGUUGCAGCAGAGGAAGAUGUGGCAAAGAACAGCAAGGAUCUCUUUGAGCAGUUUGAUGGAAAAGAUACUAAUGCUACUUAUAUGGGAAAGAAGGGUAGUUGGUUUUCUGCAAUAACGAGGGUUUUCACACACCACUCCAAGGAGAAGCAAGUACCUAAUGUAAGUGAUUUUAUUUAUAUUUAUUUAUUUAUUUAUGAUGUGAAAAAUCUUGAUCCUGUUUGGCAUGUUCUUGAUUUUUCUUUUUGUUGUUAUUAGGCUUGGUUUUCUUGUUACUGAUAGAGACUUGUAGUAGUAUUAAAAUACUUAAUCAUUUCUAAUAUUUUUAAAUUUUGGGAUUCUAGUCUAUAAGAAUGUAGAUGAAUAUAAUUAUGUUGUAUAAAGUCAUAAACUAAAAGGAUCUGAUAGAUGCCAAUUAAGUUGUUUCAUAAUCAGUAAUAGAAAAUUUAAAAUGUAGAAAACAGAAUACUAAUGUUUUUAUGCUCAUUUUCUAUAUGGAAAAGAAGCAAAAUUUGCAAACUAAUGUUUAUUUUGUUUGAAAUCAAUCAUCAUAGAACUCUGUCUUCACUCUUCAAAAUUUGCAACAAUCUCUUUUUACUUCCAAAUUUUCUGUUUAUAGAUAAGGUUCAAGCAAACUCAGAUCAGGCUAUGGUUUGGAAUCAGCUCAAAGCAAGAUCCUUCCAGUUCAAUGAAGAAAUGAUGGAGUCGCUUUUUGGAUAUAAUGCUGCUCAAGAAAAAUCUAAACCCGGAAUGAAGAAAGAAUCUCGUGAACAAACUCCUCAAUAUAUUCAGAUCAUUGAACCAAAGAAAGCAAAGAAUUUGUCAAUUCUGUUGAAAGCAUUGAAUGUAACACUAGAAGAAGUUCGUGAUGCACUCCUUGAAGGAAAUGAAAUACCCCCAGAAUUCCUAAACACUUUGUUGAAUAUGGCACCAAGUCAAGAGGAAGAACGAAAGCUCAGACUCUUCACAGGGGAUCAGUGGAUUAAUAGUUUGAAGGAGUGGAUUUGUUGAGCAUUGAAUUGAAUCAGAUUGGGUACAUUUUGAAAUGGACUCUGUUGAAAGAGUUUGUUGCAUGCAUUCUACCUGUUUGCUGUUUUGCCUAUUUCUGGCUUUCUGUCGUCAUUACUCAGGAGAAAUUAGGAAUAGAUUUUAUGUGUGUGAAAGUGGAAUGAGCUUGUAGGGUCUCAAAAUCCAUGGAGAUUAAUGGUAAAUUAAUUUGGUAUAAGAAAACAUGCAUGCGCUUUUCAGUCAAAUAAUGAGCCUUUCAACCUUUAAGUCCUUAUGGUUAUUUGUUAACAUUCUCUUAAAAUGCUGAUUCUCUUAUGCAUUCUUGUUGUUCUUUCAAGCAAGGCAUCUGAAGCGGUUGAGCAUCAUUACAUGAAUGCAAGUGAUCUCAACUUGUUGGAGGCACAUGAAGCUGAAGCGUCCUUAGCUGGAAGGGGUGCCUACACUCUUAUGGUAGGACUCACCCUUAUUCAAACUGCUGCCGCUAAAGUAGCAGGUACACUACUCUCUACUCUCAAAACUUGUAAUAAUUAUAUUCCUAAAUUAAAAUAGUAUCUUUUUGUUUGUUUAUAAUUGUAUUCACUAUUCACCUACUGCACUAUAAAGGUUUCUAUUGAUAUUAGAGUAUAAAGCACACGUCUCAGAAGAACAGCUGAUCAAGAAAAUCAAAGGUAAUACUUUGACUUCAAAUUGAUUGUGACUAUCUUGCUGCUUCUUGUCACUUUUGUCAAUUAAGCAUCAAGAUUCUAGACGGCAUGAAAAAUCAUCCCAUGUUAAGACUGACAGGGAUAUGAAGUUUCUGUAUUUCAUUUAUUUUUGUAUUCAUAAUGUGUUAUACCUGAUAUAAAAAUUUAGGCAAUAUUCUUUGUGUGAGUUGUUAUACUGGUUACA